AUGGGCUGCCAGAAGCUCACAGCGAUGAAGGAGACUGACAGAGAUCAGGUGUACCUCCUUAAGCUGCUGAAGUUGCCACUGGUACGCAGUGUGCUCGGACCCAACUGCAUAGAAGAGGCAACGGACCUCGGAGGCGGCAGAACGGCCGCCUCCGCGGGGCAACCGGACCUCGGGCAGCGGGGUAACCGGACUCCGGAGGCAGCUGGAGGGCCGCGGGGCAACCGGACCUCGCAGGCGGUGGGACGGCCACGGGACGAACAGAACUCGCAGGUGUCGGAACGGCCGCGGGGCAAACGGACCUCGCAGGCGGCGGGACGGCCGCAGGGCAAGCUGAACCCAAAGGCGGCGGGAAGGCCGCGGGGCAACCGGACCUCGCAGGCGGUGGGACGGCCGCGGGACGAACAGAACUCGCAGGUGUCGGAACGGCCGCGGGGCAACCGGACCUCGCAGGCGGUAGGACGGCCGCGGGACGAACAGAACUCGCAGGUGUCGGAACGGCCGCGGGGCAACCGGACCUCGCAGGCGGCGGGACGGCCGCGGGACGAACAGAACUCGCAGGUGUCGGAACGGCCGCGGGGCAACCGGACCUCGCAGGCGUCGGGACGGCCGCGGGACGAACAGAACUCGCAGGUGUCGGAACGGCCGCGGGGCAACCGGACCUCGCAGGCGGCGGGACGGCCGCAGGGCAAGCUGAACCCAAAGGCGGCCGAACGGCCGCGGGGCAACCGGACCUCGCAGGCGGUGGGGCGGCCGCGGGACGAACAGAACUCGCAGGUGUCGGAACGGCCGCGGGGCAACCGGACCUCGCAGGCGGCGGGACGGCCGCAGGGCAAGCUGAACCCAAAGGCGGCGGGACGGCCGCGGGGCAACCGGACCUCGCAGGCGCCGGGACGGCCGCGGGACGAACAGAACUCGCAGGUGUCGGAACGGCCGCGGGGCAACCGGACCUCGCAGGCGGCAGGACGGCCGCGGGACGAACAGAACUCGCAGGUGUCGGAACGGCCGCGGGGCAAACGCACCUCGCAGGCGGCGGGACGGCCGCAGGGCAAGCUGAACCCAAAGGCGGCCGGACGGCCGCGGGGCAACCGGACCUCGCAGGCGGUGGGGCGGCCGCGGGACGAACAGAACUCGCAGGUGUCAGAACGGCCGCGGGGCAACCGGACCUCGCAGGCGGCAGGACGGCCGCGGGACGAACAGAACUCGCAGGUGUCGGAACGGCCGCGGGGCAACCGGACCUCGCAGGCGGCAGGACGGCCGCAGGGCAAGCUGAACCCAAAGGCGGCGGGACGGCCGCGGGGCAACCGGACCUCGCAGGCGGUGGGACGGCCGCGGGACGAACAGAACUCGCAGGUGUCGGAACGGCCGCGGGGCAAACGGACCUCGCAGGCGGCGGGGCGGCCGCAGGGCAAGCUGAACCCAAAGGCUGCGGGACGAACAGAACUCGCAGGUGUCGGAACGGCCGCGGGGCAACCGGACCUCGCAGGCGGCGGGACGGCCGCAGGGCAAGCUGAACCCAAAGGCGGCCGGACGGCCGCGGGGCAACCGGACCUCGCAGGCGGUGGGGCGGCCGCGGGACGAACAGAACUCGCAGGUGUCGGAACGGCCGCGGGGCAACCGGACCUCGCAGGCGGUGGGACGGCCGCAGGGCAAGCUGAACCCAAAGGCGGCGGGACGGCCGCGGGACAACCGGACCGCCGCCGUCGGUUCGUCUGCCGAGAAUAG